AUGCAGUUGAUGGUAUGGUAAUGUUUUAUAUUCUACUUUCAUGGCGCCCACGGGUUCUCGCAAGAGAGUAAAGUCCAUUCCGUCAGUUGCGGAUUCACAAGCGUCGAAUGAUGGGACGACAUUACCGUCGAAAGACAGAGGACGCUCGGGCUCACUGAAACAAGGCGGUAGUGGAAAUUGGUACCCAGGAGCCUGGCCCGUUUCCAAAUCAUCUAAAGCGGCCCCAGUUACCGAGGUUGCCCGUGAGAGCAUCUCGGUUGCCCAAAACGUAGCUUCAAGCCUUACUUCCUCGCCAGUGUCGCAGCUUGCUUCUCCUAAACACCCUCGAAAUCCUUCUCUACAACUUACUAGAAAAGUUGGCGCUUCGACUCGCUCCCUUCCUGCCAACGCCACCACCACCCGAAUCAAUAUCGCAUCCGAUGGCACUGCGUCUUCACCAGCAAUAGAAGCCCAGCCUAACUCUACUGCCUCAGCAACCGAGUCAAUAAAUAAGGAAUCGUCAAAUGACGAAGGCGCCGGCACGGGAGGAAACAUUGGUAACGACCAAUCGAAUGUUGAGACUGAGACAAAUGCAGGGUCUGGGGAGGUAGAAACGAGUCAGGAACAAACGCUGUCGCAACCAAGUGGGUGGUUUUCAUGGGUCUGGCCCCCCUCCAGGAUUGAAAACCCUCCAGAUAGCUUCCCGGAAGAUUCAACCCCGGCCCCAGUGGACCAAGCUGCAGAAAAUCAGACCUCAAAAGAGGAGGACGCUGCACCUGCCAAUCAAGGUCAAGCAGAGGAAACAAAGCCUCCUGAAACAGCAGAGAUUGACGACACAGCACAAAAGCGAUCCUGGCUCCAGAUGUGGUACGGCUCAUCAUCUUCGAAGGGUUUAGAAGAACCCCACCGCGAGAACCCGCCAGCAGCAGAUGGACCAACACCCCCUGCUGAUACACCACCUACAUCAAAUGAAAAUGUAAACGAGCCUAUUGCAGACAUUCCAGCAGAUGCACCUGCUAAAAGUGCUAAACCGUCAGGCUGGUCUUUCUGGUUCAGAGAGACUUCACAAGACGCUUCGCCGGUGAAGUCCCUGGAAGUCCAGUCCGUUGAAGCCUCUACUGCCCAGGAUUCCAUAAUAAAGAAACCCAACGAUGAUCCCGAAUCCGAGCCGGAACAAAAGGUAGAGCUCUCAAAGAAGGGAACUCUUAAGAUAAAAUCUCCCAAGAGCAGUUCUAUCCUCCCUGAACAGGCUGUUUCUGGGCCAGAUUCCAACUCCACUGCUUCUGCAGUAAACACGUCCGAAGCAACAGCUUCAAAGCAUCUACAGAAGAUUUUACCUAACCAGGUCCUCCCACGUUUCAGAGACACUUUCGCUUUGCAAGAGAAGCCUAGUCUGUUACAGUCAAUAGGGCGAUUCUUGCACUACAGCAAGGAGCCAGACAAUAGACAUGUUUACAUGAUUAAGGACCCACCGCCCAUCAAAAGAGCAUUGGCUAUAGGAAUACACGGGUACUUCCCCGCCCCGUUAAUUCGGACAGUCCUUGGUCAGCCGACUGGUACAUCUAUCAGAUUUUCGAACAUGGCGGCAGAUGCUCUUAAAAACUGGGCAGACGAUCAUGCAUAUACAUGCGAUAUUGAAAAGAUAGCGUUAGAAGGCGAAGGUCGCAUUGCUGAACGAGUUGAUUUAUUGUGGAAACUACUACUCAAUUGGAUGGAAAAGAUAAGGCAGGCAGACUUCCUACUGAUUGCAUGCCAUAGUCAAGGUGUUCCUGUUGCAAUAAUGUUGGUUGCGAAGUUAAUAUCCUUUGGAUGCCUUAACGCUGCGCGGGUCGGUAUAUGUGCCAUGGCCGGUGUGAACAUGGGGCCUUUCUCCGACUAUCGAUCACGAUGGAUUAGUGGCUCUGCUGGUGAGCUUUUUGAAUUCGCAUUGCCUCACAGUCAAGUUUCAAAGGAUUAUGAGGCAGCGCUUAGAGCCUGUCUCGAUUUCGGUGUACGGAUUUCUUAUAUCGGAAGUAUCGAUGACCAACUCGUUUCUCUAGAGUCAUCGCUAUUUUCGCCGAUGGCUCAUCCGUAUAUCUACCGAGCAGUAUUUGUCGACGGUAGAGUACAUGCUCCAAGUUUGUAUGUUAUUCCUGCUUCAAGUGAUAACCUUGUUUUUGGAGCCGCCGCUGAUAUGUCUCGCAGCUUAUCACAUUUGGUCGGGUUUGCUCUUAAGCUUCGAAAUCUUGGGCUCCCAGAUCAUGGCCUCAUCCGCGAAUUGAGUUCGCCUUUAGCAGGUAGUCUGUAUAGUGGCGAUGGCCACUCACGUCUCUAUGAUGAUGAGGCUGUGUAUCGGUUGGCCAUUGAAUUCGCUCUGGAAACGUCGAAUGUCCAAGAUGCAACGCUUAGCGUCAAGCGAAGCCCCCCGGCUUCAUCAGUGAACCCUUACAUCCUCCCGUUCGCCAUGCGCGGCCUCCUUGAAGAAGAGUACGUCCGACGCGAGCUUUACGAAGAAACAAUGGAACUGCUACGACAGUUUGACGACUGGAAACCGACCAGCAAGGUUCUGAAGGAUGUAAAGUUCCGACUGGAAGGAAUCCGCUCAAAGCUCUAGCCGCAGUUCCGUACUUGACACAUACUCUCUCCAUCAACCCUUUCCACUGACAUCUACUAAAUCCUGCUCCCAGCCCGGUGUGGUUUGCUAUUGCCCACCUUAGGCAGCCCUAUUCUUUGUACACUUCUGUACACUUCUCUGGGUGGAGAGUUUCAAGGGAAAAAAAGAUAGAGCUCAUUCCUAUGUUAUGGUGGAUCUUAAAUAGAAUACUUUGCUUCUGCUGCACAGAUAUUGAUUACAAUGUUGGGGACAUAAUAGACGCGAAACUUUUAACCUUUCUAUGAA